CCCGCCGCCCACUCCGCCGCGCACCACCACCCCGUGCUCGUCCUCCCGGGCCUCGCCGCCGGAUCCUUUUCCUUCCGCCGCCUCCUCUCCUCCCUCUCGUCCCGGGGCCUCGUCGCCGCGGCCGUAGACCUCCCUGGCCAGGGCCUCUCGCCGCCUCCGGCCGCCCCUCCCGCCCGCACGAACCCGCUCCGGGAGAUCAUGGACCGCGGCAUCUUCCACGCGUUCGAGCACCUCGUCGAGACCGGCGAGGUCCCGUUCCAGGAGACGGCCCCCGAGCCGUCCCGCUCCUUCUACGCGGCCAGCGAGGCGGCCGCGGCCGUGGCCCGUGCCGUGGACGCGCUCGGCCUCGCGCCUGUCCACCUCGUGCUCCACGACUCCGCCCUCGCCGCCGGCGCCGCCUUCGUAUCGGCCAACCCGGCGGCCGUGCAGAGCGUCACUCUGAUCGACGCCACCACCACCUUGCCGGCCUUCCCGGCGGCCGUUCUCGGCGUGCCGGCGCUGGGAAGGCUGGUGCUGCGGGUGCCGGCAUUGUUCAAGGGGCUGGUGCGUCUGUCCUGCGCUCGGGGGAUGGAUGCAGAGGAGGCUGACGCGCACAGGGCGGCGGUGCGGGGGCAGGGGAAGAGGGAUGCAGUGUUUGAGGCCUGGAAGGCCAUGAACCAUAGUUUUGACCUGAGAGAGUGGAGGAGCUCUUCAGAGGAGGUGAAGAGGCUGCCGAUGAUGGUUCUGUGGUCGGGUUCUUGGUCGGAUAUGUGGAUCGAUGAGGGGAAGAAGGUGACCAAGGCGUUGCCGGACGCCAAAUUCAUCUACCAUUACGGUGGCCGGUGGCCUCAGGUGGAUGCAUAUGAGGAAAUCUCAAAGUUGAUAGCAGAGUUUGUGACCAUGUUACCAACAACUGCGACAGAGCACGGGUCGGAGAAUAUGGACCAAUCAUCCGGCGAAUCAGCAGAUGCUCACAGCGAUCAUCCAGUUUCAUGAAAACCAGAACUAUCUGAUUCAUGGUUAAGAAAUGCCUUGCGAGCAUCCAUAUGACCAAGCGAUGUUCUUCUGCCUUGGACAAGUCUUAAGCUUGUUCUGCUAGAAGGGGAUGAUGGUCUCUUCCUUACAAUCGCCCCAUUGCUAUCUGUUUCCCCCUUCAUGUAAAAUGAUAUCUCCCGGUGAAAGUUUGAAAAAACUUCACCUGUAGGGCCUCUUCUAUUCCUCUUUCAGGUGAUGCUGUCAAAAUGUAACUUGAGACUGUUUUGCCUCAGGGAAGUAGGUAUUCUGUAAUGAGGCUGCGCUCGCAUAACCUGAUUUAGUGUAACGUUGUUUUGUUGCCAUGGAUAGGUAAAUGUACUCCUGUACUAACCAGUGCAUUGUACGCUCAGAUAAGUUUUACUUGCACUUGUAAUCAGUGCUGCGAUGCGAUGCAAAGUACACUGUAUUCUCUAGCUGGCCACCAGGCAGUUGGAAAUUGUAGCUGAGUAUCAAAAAUAGUUCAUUUUGUUAA